ACAUUUUUUUUUUUUUUUUUUUUCCUUUUGGGUAGGAAUAAAGUGGCUUGUUGAGUUCUACCCUUCCCUUUUUUUUGUUUUUUAUCAUGUUUCCACCAAAUCAUAAAGUUUAUAUCAGGGCACUUUACAAGAAUAUUCUUGUAGAGGCUUCCUUGUUUUUUGAUGAUAGAGCCAGGUUGUACAUUCAAAAUAGAGCACGUAAGGUCGUGCAAGAAUAUAAAACCUGUACAGACGUCGAAAGAGUAAAAUAUAAAAUUAGAGAAGCUCGUAAGCAUUUGCAUAGGAUAGAACAAGCGAAUAGAGGAGACCAGAAAAGCGCAUUAAAAAUAUUGGAAGAAGUUUAUGGACGAAACGGAAAGACACGUCAUGCUUUACUUCAUCCAUUUUUGAACUGCCAUCAACCUAAAGAUUUUAAACUGCCCGAGCCUUUUGUGCCCCAUGCACCUCGAACAGCACCCCCACCCUUAUUGUGUCCUCCCUUGCAGGCCCUCAUCAAACAAGAUCUGGGUAAAAAAUUAGAGCCAGAACUACCUAUACCAGCCUAUAAACCAUUACACCCAGGAAGAAAAGCCAAUCUAUUGUGGAAGCAUCGAUCCAUGUUAUUAGACAGAGUACAACUUCCUUUACCAUUUGAAAUCAUUUGCGAAAUAGAAAGAAAAGCAGGUGCAACCGUGGGACAUGCUUUGUAUGCAGGCACACUGCUGACAGGUGGACCCACAUGGGAUUUUUACCUAUCUACUGACACCAUGACCCAUUUAAAUCCUACUAUCAAGUUACCCAAAAGAUCCACACUAAACCGAAACCAUCAAACACUCAUGGAUUCACCUUAUGCUACCAUCACAAACAUUUCACUUGUAGAUCAUGUUAAGAAAGUAAAGCGGCCUUUUAAUUUUCCAACACGAACGAAAUCGAGAUUAUAUCGACGGUUAUUAACAAAUAUACCCUUCACCAAUAUCAUCUCGCCCACAACCUUGUGGACUCAGUCUUGUAAAAUCUUGAAAUCACAUUGGGUUCCACAAGGUGUCACACGUAUCCUGGAGGAUAUACCUUCUGAGCAAGUCAUCAAAACCACAUUAAAGAUUAAAUGAUUUCUUCCUUUUUUUUUAAAAAAAAAAAAAAGCGAUACAUCUUAUAAGGAGUCCGAGACGAAUAUUUUGGAUUCAGUGAAUUUAUAUCAUCCACA